CAUUGGUUUGGGGAGGAUUCAGGGUACCUAGGGAGGUCGGCCCGGGGGGGCAGCGGGCAGGGAUGCCCUCUCUCGGUUGGCCUCCUUAGGACCACCCCGCCCUGGGGACCCCUUGCCGCGGGAACCCGGGCUGGAUGACCGAGCCCCCCCUCCCCUCUAGCGUGGGCAGGGGCGGCGCGGCGGCAGAUGCCCCCCACUUCCCUGAUGUGGGACUGGCCCCCCGCCCCUGAGUCGUACAGCCGGGUGGUCCCAGAGCCAACUCGUUCCGAUGGUGCCGGGGCGCGAGGGCUCUGCCAGGCUGUGGCAGUGCCCGCCGCAGCGAUGGUCACUUUGUCCGCAGGAGGCCAUGGGAGGGGUAAGGCCUCGGUUCCCCACCCUCGGGGGCCAAACACCGUGUCCAGCAACUGGUUCCGGUGAUCUCCGCAGGAUCGUCUGGCUCUGGACGGGGGAGAAUCUCCUUGUCUUGCGAGCAGUUUAGCAGAGAUACAGGCUACUCCAAAGCAGCGGCACCUGGUGGAGAAAUGGAGAUGCAAUCCUAUUAUGCCAAGCUCUUGGGAGAGUUGAACGAACAGCGAAAGAGGGACUUUUUCUGUGACUGCAGCAUCAUAGUGGAAGGGCGGAUCUUCAAGGCCCACAGGAACAUUUUGUUUGCCAACAGCGGCUACUUCCGAGCCCUGCUCAUUCACUAUAUCCAGGACAGCGGGCGGCACAGCACCGCCUCCUUGGAUAUUGUCACCUCCGAUGCCUUCUCCACCAUCUUAGAUUUCCUCUAUUCUGGAAAGUUGGAUUUGUGUGGGGAGAACGUUAUUGAAGUUAUGUCGGCUGCCAGCUACCUGCAGAUGAACGACGUGGUGAACUUCUGCAAGUCCUACAUCAGGUCAUCCCUUGAUAUCUGCCGAAAGAUGGAGAAGGAGGCAGCCGUGGCGGCAGCAGUGGCAGCAGCGGCGGCGGCGGCGGCAGCAGCUGCGGCGGCGGCGGCAGCUCACCAGGUUGACAGUGGAAGCCCCAGUUCAGGCAGGGAAGGGACCUCCUGUGAUACCAAGAGCUUGGUCUCCCCCCCAGCCGAGGGAGAAGCGAGUGUGGACUGUCCAAGAGAGUCCCCUUGUGGUGACUGCAGAGGCUGCCACCCCCUGGAACUGGUGGUGAAAGACAGCCAGGGCAGUGGCUCAGCUGACAGUGACCUCUCUACUCUGCCAAAACAGAUAGAGCCCAAGGUGGAGUUUGAUGCUGAUGAAGUGGAGGUGGAGGUUGGUGAACGGCUGCAGCGGUAUGCUGCCCCGCUGGGCCUGGCCCACCUGGAGGAGGGUUUACCCAGUGGCCAGGCCGUCGACUUGGCUUACAGUAACUACCACGUGAAGCAAUUCCUGGAGGCACUCCUGCGCAACAGUGCUGUCCAGAGCAAAGAUGGUGCAGACCAUCACUUUUCUAGGAGUUUGGAGGGAAGACCAGAAGGUGCAGGAGGAGCCAUGAGUUCUGUGAUUGAUGUCCAGACUGAUUGGUAUGGAGAGGACUCAGGUGAUGUGCUGGUGGUCCCCAUUAAGCUCCACAAGUGUCCUUUCUGCCCUUACACUGCCAAACAGAAGGGCAUCCUUAAACGGCACAUCCGCUCACACACAGGCGAGCGGCCCUACCCCUGUGAGACCUGUGGCAAGAGGUUCACUCGCCAGGAGCACCUGCGGAGCCACGCGCUGAGCGUCCACAGAUCCAACCGUCCAAUCAUCUGCAAGGGCUGCAGAAGAACCUUCACGAGUCACCUGUCGCAGGGGCUGCGGCGCUUCGGGCUGUGCGACAGCUGCACCUGCAUCACAGACACGCAUGACGACGAGGACGAUUUGAUGCCCAUCAACCUUAGCCUGGUGGAGGCUUCAUCCGAAAGCCAAGAAAAGAGUGACACAGACAAUGACUGGCCCAUCUAUGUGGAGUCUGGUGAGGAAAACGACCCCACCGGAGAUGAUUCUGACCACAGACCACAAAUUCAGCCCAACUUAUCAGAUCGAGAGACACUUAUGUAGCAGUCAGUUGAUGGGGAAGAGGUUUUAGAAUUUGUUCUUACUCAUUCUGUGGUUGAAAGCCACCGUUUGUCCAAUUUUGCAGAACCCUGAGGAGAACAUUUUUUCACUGUUAAUAUUUUGCAUUUUUGUUAGACGACAUGGUGGAGGUUGGAUUUUGUGACUCAGAGGACUAAUGACUUGUUAGUGUGGUGCCCUUGGUUUAUGAGGGCUUUCUGAGUGAAUCAAGGCUGGCCCUGAGGCUUCCUGUUUUUUCCUGCUGUGCAUCCAAACUUGAGUUUGGAAAAAGAUAAGAAAAUCUUCAUGCUUUUUUCAUAUUGUCUCAAUCCUCUGCAUUCCUGUGUCAUCAUCCUCUUUCUCUGAAAAGGUGGGCAGGAAUACAUUAAGUUCCCAUAUCCAUCUUGCCUUUGCCAGGCAUUUCCUAAUGAAUUCCGUGUUUUAAUUUUCUGGUGAAGUAUUAAAGAGAAAGCCUCAUUGAUAUAAAGCAGGCAGGGCUGUCUGAUUAUAAAAGGUAAUUUCUAAAUCUAAGACUACAAUUUUAAAGGCUGGGGGUAUGUAUGUGCAGACAAGCAUGGAAAUGAGCUGAAAGACUCCUUGUGGCACUCUGACUUGCCCUGUUGAAUUAAAUUUUAAGUUAGCCCCAGGACGGGAGCUGUGAGCCCAGGUCUGGGUGGUUCCUUGUCUGGUUUAGUAUAGACAAUUCUACAUA